AUGGAGCCACCGCACAACUCGAAACGUGAAGCCCGGAUACUGGCACUCGCGGCGUCUAAUCGUGUUAUUCCACUUCUGGAAACCUUCAACGAGCCAGGCUCGAGAUUCGUGUUGGUAUUCCCAUUCAUGCCAUUCGACAUGAGCCGGCUUCUACGGGACCAAAAACUCUCGAAAGCUCAGACUCAGCGCGCACUUAAGGACCUGUUCUCAGCUCUGGAAUUCGUGCACGAGCGCGGAAUCAUACACAGAGACAUCAAGCCCUCGAACAUACUACUCAAGUCGUUGGAUGGCCCGGCCUACCUCACAGACUUUGGCAUUGCAUGGGCCCCUGACACGGUUGGGUCGGAGCCCACGGACUCAAAGAUCACCGAUGUUGGAACCACAUGCUACAGGCCGCCAGAGCUUCUUUUUGGAAACAAGAGGUACGGCUGUGAACUUGAUCUCUGGGCUGCCGGGUGCACCGUUGCUGAAGCUCUGGUUCCCGGCCAUCCAACGCUGUUUGACUCCGGGGAGCUGGGCAGCGAUCUAGCUCUCAUAUCGAGCAUGUUUAGCAAGCUGGGUACUCCCAACGUGGAUGUAUGGCCGGAAGCUGCUGGGUUUCCAGAUUGGGGCAAAGUGCAGUUCAUUGAAUUUCCAGCCAAGCCGUGGUCUACCCUGCUUCCUGGCACCUCGGAUGUCGAACAAGCUCUUGUCGGGCAAUUAGUUCGCUAUGAGAGUGGCGAUAGGUUGAAAGCAGCGCAGUCGGCAAAGCCCAACAUCGAGCUCGUACGCUCCACCAAGGAGCUGACUACCCGCCUGAGCGAGGAGACAAAGCCCAACCCCAAGAUAGAAGAUGAGCUGGCCCGAGACCUGCAACAGCUCAAGAUCAGGCUCCAAGGCACGCCCGAGUCGGAAGUAAACCCGGCGUCCGUAUUCGAGCUGCUGAGCCUCAUCAUCCAAGAAGACCUGCUCUUCACCCUCGCGAACAACAUCCACAAGCUGCCCUUCGAAUCGCGCAAGGACGCUCAAGUCAUCUUCUCGACCGCAUUCCGCUACAAGCCUGCUGGCGCCCCAGAUCCUCAGGUCCUGCACCACGUCAUACAAUACAGACCCGAAAUCAUAAUAUCAUUAUGCCGAGGCUACGACCGGCGAGAGAGCGCUAUGCCGUGUGGAGGCGUGCUACGAGAGGCCCUUAAGUACGACUCCAUCGCCGCACUGCUGUUGUACGACGAGCCGACACCGGACGGAAAGACGCGCGACCUCGCAAGCGUGAAUCCCGAUGUACCAUCUUCAGGAGAGGGCGUCUUCUGGAAGUUCUUCGAUUGGAUAGACAAGGGCGCAUUUGAAGUUAGCGCAGAUGCCUUCAACACAUUCAGAAGCUUGGUGGCCGGGUACCUACAAACGAACUUCGACAUGUUCUUUUCGAGGUACAACACGAUACUGAUCCAAUCAGAGAGCUAUGUCACAAAGCGGCAAUCUAUCAAGCUCCUGGGCGAGAUCUUGCUCGAUAGAGCGAACUACAACGUCAUGACGCAGUAUGUUGACUCGGGCGAGCACCUGAAAAUCAUCAUGAAGCUGCUGCGGGACGAUCGGCGCAUGAUCAACUACGAAGGAUUCCACGUCUUCAAGGUUUUUGUUGCUAAUCCCAACAAAUCCGUCGCCGUGCAGCGCAUCCUCAUCAGCAAUCGCGAGAAACUACUGCGGUUCCUACCCAACUUCCUCGACGACCGUACCGAGGACGAGCAGUUCAACGACGAAAAAAGCUUCUUGAUUAGGCAGAUAGAACAGCUCCCCAACGCGCCCAUGGCAGCUCCUGCGGCAGCAUGA